AUGUCACAUAGCUAUAAUUAUCAACUAAGUUUUUGGGACGAGCAGGACAAUGGAACAAGGAUCCUUCUGGACCACGUAGCACAGGGAAUUGAGGCUAGUAAGUCUCUCGUAGGGUUUUUUGAAGAAAGAAGCAAGCUGGAGAAAGACUACUCCAGAAGGUUGAGUGCAAUCAGUAACAAACUGCAAAAUGACAUUUCUAAUCGUCCUGACUAUGGAAAACUAGCUCAAAACGUGAAAGCGUUACAGACAACGCAGGAACGAUGGAGCCAGUCACACUCAAAACAGUCCGUUGGAAUCCAUAGGGACAAUUAUGAGGAGAUGAGGGAGUUUGUACAGGAUAUACAGGCGCGCUACAAGACUAUAAGCAGCAAAGUGCGGAAUCUAAGAAAUGACAAAAUCACCAAACGACAACUCUGCGACGUGGUGCAAGAAAAAUUGGAAAAGGCAAGCGUAGAGCUCCGUGACUGCCAACUGAAUAAGAACAAUACCCUUGGGAAGCGUGAGUCUAGCCAAAAUGACAAACAUUUAAAUAAAUGGAGAAGCAUUGUUGAUGAAUUACAAAUGAAGUUGGAAGUCCUGAAGCAGGAAUACAGAGCUUCGUCAAAGCAUUGGCUACACGAAUGGUCCCGCCUAAGCUUGGAACUACAAGAGCUUGAAAAAACCCGCAUCCAAUACAUGAAAUUGAAAUUACAGCAGUUUGCGAAGCACUGUUCUGACAGUUCGGUAGAGGAACAAAUAUGUAUGGAGCAAUUUACGCAGCAACUUAGCAAAUUUACCGCUGAUCAGGAUAUUUCAAGCUUUGCAUAUAACCAUGGAACUGGAAGAAUAAAAGGAAACUUUGUGCACGCAUCUUCUUUCGAUGCCUCUGGUACUGGUGCCGACACUUCUCGCAGCAGGCACGCAGAAAAUGUCAGACAUUUAUCGUCCCAACUCCAGCGUAGCCGUAUAUCCGCUAAAGACAGCAUUGUCCCACCAGAUGUUCCACCAAAAGAUAAUCCAUCAUCUCAAGGAGAAUCGUUCACUGGCCGAAGCAGUGUAAAUGGCGCCCUACCUUCCAAAACGGAUAAUGAACACCAUUGCGAAAGGCGACUCAAACCCCCUCAAGAAGAUGUUCGACUAUCUACAUCGUCCGCGUCGUCUCAUGACUCUUCAAACACAACCGACUUUACAACUGACAUAAGACAUCGCGCCAGCAUGGAAUCGAUGUCUACAUCCAUUUCAUCUUUAGCACAUAGUAUUGAAGACUCACAAAGAUUUGCCAAAUCAUGGAAUUCUCACAACAGAAGGAGGUCUAAAACGCGGUCACAAAUCUUUACAGCUUCUCAAGAUCGAGAGCACGACAUUUGUAGCAGAUCUAGUAGCAUGGAAACGACGAAGAUACGAUCGCGUCCUCAAGUUGAGACGUCACAGAGACGCAAGUCUAUGGUAUGGAGUGAGUCUAGUACUGAUCCACUAAAGGAUGCAUUGGAAGCCAUGAAGAGGUCAAAGAGUGAGCACUCGAAUUCGAGUUUUGCCGAAUAUGAAAAUACAACUUCAAAUAAGCAUCUCAUACCCUUUCCUGCUGGACAACCAAGCGAUCCGAAGCCAGAAAAGAAAAGAGUCAUGGAUAAUGGGCGGGUUGUGGAACUGCCAUUACUUUCAUCUCGAGGAGAAAAAGCCAUACACUACGCAAAAGCUUUGUACACCUUCAUGGAUCCUAAUGACCAGCAAAUAGUUAAUUUCAAAGUCGAUGACUACCUGCUGAUAACCGAGCAACUUGAUAAGGACUGGUACAUUGGAGAAGUUCUUAACGAUGAAAGUGUUGACACAAGUUACCGUUUUGGUAUCAUUCCUGAAAAUUAUAUCGAAAUUCUCGCUUAG